GCUUUUUUUCCAAAACAUCAAAUGUCAAUGGCGCCUCUGACGUUUCCAACUUUCCCAAUGUAAGGUUAGGGCACCAGCACUGCGGAGUCUGAGGAUGGCGCUUUUCCGGUUUAAUUGGCUCAGAAGAUUAAUUCGUCGGAACACCAGACCGAUUGCCCACAACACGGCAGAGACGUGGCGUAAUCGGCUAAGUCUUACAUACAUGUUCCUGGCGUGGAACGCUAUGGGGGUUGUUUGUUAUGCAAUUUACAACGGGAAGCUAGAUUGGGCCAAGUACCAUGGACUCAAAGAAGAAAAUGAACACCUAACACAAGCUGAGAGAUUUGCGCACACUCUCAAUGCCAAGAACGCCACCAUCAUCCGGUUCUCCGGCGGAAAGAAGAUAGAACAGUUCAAAGUCGGAGAGAGACAAAAUGAGAACACGGAAGAGAAUUCCGAGAACUCUCCAGUUGUAAGUGAAAGAAAUGAGGAGCCUAAAGCUGAAAAAGUCUAUUAAAAUAAAUUUAGCAAUAACA